AUGACCAAGAUAAAUGAAGCUGGCUAUUCUGGAAAGUCAUCCGGGUUAGAGCUUGUCUUCCAGUCAACCACACCAAAACGCCCACGUGUGGCAAGAAAGCGGCGUCUACUUACUCCUGCGAGACGAGCGCAGAAUCGAGCAUCCCAGGCGAGAUACAGACUGAAGCAACGACAACUCAGUGAAGAAGAAUCAGCAAGAACAGAGUCCAAAAUUGAUGACGAGUCAUCCGAUGUGGCCGCGCUACUUGACAACCAGCCUAAUGCAACAGCCACCUUGAUACCGCCCCAAGAGUUAGAUCAACCAAAAGUCACUACUAAAUUUAACCAUCUCUUAUCCCCAUCCUUCCGACGUCUUGAGGCACAGAAUGAUGUUUGGCAGCAUGUGGAAAAUACUUCCCUCCAAGCUGAACCCUUUGUUUUACCAAGUACAGGAAGGCCAAAUGACAGGACCGGUAACAGUCAGUGGGACUAUAAUGACACGAUAGUGUCUAGAGAGCUGGAACCUAACACUCCAAACAACUACAUCUCCGUGUCGGAGAUACAAGAUUAUUCAUCUUCCAUACCGUCGAACAGCCAUAUUCUGACCGCGUCAAAGUGUCUAGAUCAGACGGGGGUAGAUGGAAACCAUUGGGCGAGAGAACAGCAAUCAAUAAUCCCACCAACGCCGUUCCUACUGAUUAAUCAUAUCCGUUUACGUGAUAUGACAUUCUUAGCAGCCACUCUAGCAAUCGCAGCUUCAAUCGGCGUUACCUCUGAAGACUAUCUUAACGACAGACCCUCUCCCUUUUACAUAUUCAGCAACGCCACCUCUGUACAAACCGCAGCGCACUAUUUCGAGCAAACUGUGAAGCCGCACCUUCGACCAAGCUUGACUCAACUAUCUCAACCACAUGCUUCAUACCUCGAUUUGAUCAUCUUUCCUCAUUUUAGGGAGCGUGCGGUCACUUUUGCUACCAACGAUCCUUGUAUGCUGGAUCAGGAGGAAUUAUUUAAUGACAUGAUAUCGGGUGGUUUGACCUGCUGGGGGAACGCUGACAACGGCGUUGGCGUCCGAGGUAACGGAGUACCUUGGGAUAUGAGAAGCUGGGAGGCAAAACCAUGGUUCACGAGGAAAUGGUGGUUUUUACUUAAAGAGGAUAGCGAGAUGCAAGAUGCCUCAAAUUGGUGGCGGCAAAUGCGUGGAGAAGAUAUCGAUGAGACUCUAAAUCUAGGAGGUUGA